UUCGUUGUUGAUUUGGCGCCUGUUCGAAUCGAAAUCGAGCAUAUCGAUAAUGGCGAACUUGAAGAGGCCCAAGUUCGGAAACGUAUUGAGACUUAAAAAGUAUGAUAUGUUCUUCAUGCUAAGUUCAUCGUAAGGAUUUUAUUUUAACGAAAAAUGGAAGCGUUGUUAACUGAAAAAGAGAAGAUUUUUCCACAUCAAAUUUCAUGUAUUGUUUUGGUUUACAAUGUGUGCAAAACAGAAGAUGAAGAGAAUCACCAACUGGCUAGAUUGUGCAAAAAAUUUUGUGCGCAACUCAUAUUGUUGUUGUUAGAUCUUAUAAAGAGAAUGCAUCUAGAUUAUGAAGACCUUUUGAAAAAAUUGGAAUGCAUAGCUUCAAAAGAUUUAGCUGAUACAUUCAAUCAUAGAAUGAUGAGUCUGGUUGAGAAUAAAUAUAACGGAAUUCUGGAUUUCUUUGAUUCCCUUGAACCACUCACAUUGAACAACAAUAACUAUGUUGAAAGAAGUAGUCCCUUUGGGGUUUUUCUCAGAAAGAUGUAUUUAAAUUAUCAAAAAAUGACUUUCACUGAUACCGGAAGGCUUGGGCAAUCUGUUGAAGUUUACUUGAAGUUGAACAAAACUGAAGAAAUUCACGAUUCUCCAAUGCUCGACAAUAGUAUAGUCAUGGAGUCUGAAAAAAGGGAAACAAUUAAAGAAGAAAUGAAGACUCUUUCUCAAGCCGGAAGAUUUAUCUCUCAGCAGACAAAACUGCUGGAAGCUCACUGUAAAAUGCCAUUAACUACAAAGGAGAUCCACGAAAAAAUACAAAUUAUCCAACAAAAGUUCCCUUCAUUCAGUGAAGCAUACUACUUGAGUUACUUGAACAACUUUCAUGCUGGAGAAGUUAGGAGUGCCUUGUUUGAUUUGCAUCGAUAUUUUGAUUACAAAAAGUGGGAUGAAGACCAAAUGGCUGGUAACGGGGAGAACGCUCUUGAAAAGCACCAAAUGAAGUUCAAGAGGUUUCGCUACUGUGCACUGAAUUUAGGCAUAUUCCAUUUUUACCAUGGGCAUUACAAAGUGUCUCUUGCUGCUCUUGAAGAGGCCGUUAAAAUGGCACAAGAGACUAACGAUAAUCAUUGCCUCCUUCAUGCCUUGUUUUGGCUUUAUCAGCUGAAGUUGGAAUCGGAACCGGGCAUUGCUAGCACAAUGCUUGCUCAGUUCAAUAGAAGAGCUGUUGAGCUUUCUUCUGCGGGAAUGCGAGCUCUUGGAAUACUCCUCGAGUGCAAAAGUGAUGUAUUUGGCGGCAAAUGUAGUUGUGACCAGAUUCUUAAGAAGCUCAAGGUUGUGCAAGCAGCACUUACGGCUAAACAUGCCGUUUCUACAAGAAAUAUUGAAGUGGCGAGAUCCGCAUUUUUGGACUUUUUUGGCUACAGGCCCGUCGCCUCCACGUAUGCACAAAUGGUUCUUCACAACAUAAAACAGCCUGAUCAAGCGACGCUGAAUACCGCGUUUCUGUAUGGGCCGUUGGACCCAGAGUCCUCGAUUCUUGCGCUUUGUCAGUUUGCUAGAUUCCUUGCAGAUGAGGGUUACUAUCUGGAUGCGCAAAGGGUGUUAGCUUUUGGUAAUACAUUGAUAGCUGAGCAUAGUAUCCUUCACAAGUGGAUUAUCCUGUGCAAGUGGCAGCUUAUUUUCGAUAGAUGCGUACUGAGGCGAGAUUUAAAUUCAAUUGAUGACGUCAUUCAACCUAUAAGUGUCCUGGAUAAAUACGAUGCAAAAUUCAAGGAAUGCGUGAUUCAUUAUUUAAGGGGAAAUAUGACAACUGCUUCGUCCAGGAUUGAAGAGCUUUUAAGUGAAGUCGAGAAUCGUCAGCAGUUGACUGUUGGGAAUACACCUGGAGCUGUUUAUAUGGUCCGGCUUCUUCAGCUCAAAGCUGAGUUGUUAGCCGCAAGCGAUGACGUACCAAAGGCAGUCACAUACCUGAUAAAAUGCGCAGAUAUUUGCCGACGGUUCAAUAUGAAAACUCUUGAAGGAGAAAUAACCAUAUCCAUAGCACAGUGCAAGAUACGCCUUGGUCUUCCUCAUCAUGCAAAACAGAUUCUAAACCAGCAGAUGCUGCAUACACUUGCUUAUGGAACAUCAUACGCGAGGUCGUUCAUCUUUGUUGUCCUUGCUAAAGCGUCAUUGUUUGGUAUGAAAGGAGAGUUGAAGGCUUCCAAAGCAGAAAUACUCCAACAAAUACCGUCAUUAGAGAAGUCACUGGAACGUUUUCAAAUCCUCGAAGCUGUUGCUGCUCAAUCGGAAGUCCUGUUUCUCUUGGCCCAGAUCUAUAACCUACUGGACUAUACAAAGAAACGGAAUCACUAUGCCAAGGAGUAUAGACUUAUACACGAAAGCUACACAGUUCGUCAUGAAGUGAAAUUGUUCGUUUGAUUUGGAACAUUUUCUAGUGAAGUGCUGUGGCAGUGUUGUACAGAGGUUGCAGAAAAAUGAAGAGAUACAGCGUUUGCUGGUGUACACAGUAAUUAGGUUUGAUUAAUGUUUCUCACUUUUCCAUGCUUGAAGUUUUAAGAGUGGUAUAGAGAAUCAGCACUCAAAAACUUUUAUUCUAUCCUUUUUUGAAUUAAUUUUUGGAGAAUACUAUGAUUCGUUUAACGUCUAUCUGCUUAAUGGAAAAGGUUCAUAAAAAUGAAAAAAAAUUUACCAAAAAACUUUUAAUUUGAUCGAUAAAGUUACUACUUAAAUGACUAAUUCUGAUCUGUUUUUUUCUAAUAUUUGGUUUUAAGCUUCUCUGUACUAAUCUUUUUCUGACAAAAUUUGAUUUCUUCACAUAUAAGACACGGAAAAGUGGAACCAAAAGACCCAUUUUGUCCCAAUUAUUUUACUCCAAACCUGGUUCUCACUGCUCUCUACUAGCCAGAAAAAAGUUUGAAUUUUUGUCACACGUAGCUUCAAGAAGUAAUUUUUGUAAAUGUGCCAUUACAAGGUUAAGAUUCAUGUUCUGAUUACGUAGGUUAAAAAUGGUAAUUUUGAUAAGCCUAUAAACUUCCUUUUUCAAGAGAAAUCAAUUAUCCAAAAAAUCUGAUUUUUCUCAAAAGAAGGCCUCUAAGAUUCGCAAGCCAUGUCUCUUACUCAUUAAUAUGAAUUAAAAUAGGAAGGUUUUCACCAAAAAAUAAUCGUUAAAAUAUGGUAAUGUUGGUCAGCUUAUUGCCUUUCAUUUUUCCCAAAAAAUGGAUCCUCCAAAAAACCUAAUUUUUAUCAUAAAAAUGGCAUAUAUUAAACCCCAGAUGUGGUGUAUGUCUCGUACUGGUUAAUAGGAAGUGCAAAAG